CCUCUCUGGUCAGUGCAGCGCAGAGCGCGCGGCACUCCGCUGCUCCUACAGAGUUGAUCAGUGUCCGGAUACCUGAUGGAUGAAUGGGAUGGACGAUCGAUGACCGAUCAGUUAAACCGCACGCGGGCACUCACAGAGCGGAGACUCGGAUCGGUUCAGUAUUGAUUAUCAGUGAAUGGUACGGAGCUGACAGCGCGAGCGGAGUUGUGCGCUUCAAACCAAGCAGGACUCUACUUUCUUUAUCCAUCCAUCCUCGUCCUCCGGGAUGAAGACUCCUCUCAGCCCCUCUCAGCUCCUGGAGAGUGGGCACAUCUUUGGCUUUGGAGGGAUGUGUCAAGAGCUGAUGGACACGCCCAUACCUACGUCCAUCAGUCUCUCUGUCCCUCACUCCACAUCCUCAGGUCAGAGCGGGACGUACUCGCUGUGUGAGGUGUGUAACCUGCAGCUGACCUCUGCUGCUCAGGCCCAGCUGCACUACAAUGGCAGGUCUCACCUCCGGAGAGUGAGACAGCUGCAGGCUGGAGAGAACGGGCAGCAGGCAGGAGGGGCCCAGUCCAGGUCUCUUCCCCAGGUCACAGGGCUCAGUUCCCAGCCUGGAGGACUAACUCCCACUCCCGGCCUAGGUUCAGGCCUCAGUGCUCCUUCCAGCACAACUGCAGGAAGUGGGAGUGGUGCAGUGGGCGGAGCAUUGCCAGGUCUCAUAGGUGCCACUGGUCCCUCAGUCAUGAUGAAACCGUUUCUGCCGUUUCCUGUCGAGACAACGUCACCAGUUGGACUUUUCCCAAACUUCAACACGAUGGACCCGGUGCAGAAGGCUGUCAUCAACCACACCUUUGGUGUUACCAUGGUACCGAAAAAGAAACAGGUCAUCUCCUGUACUGUCUGCCAGCUGAGGUUCAACUCUGAUUCUCAGGCUGAGGCUCAUUACAGAGGAAGUCGUCACGCAAAGAAGCUCAAGUCUCAGGAGAACAAAGCCAAGGCUAAGCUGUCAAAUCCUGCAGAAACCAAUGGGAGCGUCUGUAAUCCUGCUGGCCCCGCCCCUCUUGUCUCAGCUGUCCCCGCCCCUUUUGUCUCAGCUAACAGCAGCACUAAUCAACACACAGAUUUCUUAUCCAGAACUGCAGACUCCCCGUCUCCUGUCAAAUCUUUCCUCCUCCCCUCUACCUCCCCUCUCUCUUCUUCCUCCCCCUCUUCGAGUAGAGCAGGCAGUGAGCCUCCUCCAUCCAGCCCCCCAUCGGGACUCCCAGCUCCAGGCCUCUCUUCCUCUUCGUCAUCCUCUUCUUCCAAAGCUUCUUCCGCUUCCGCUCCUGUCACCACCUCGUCUUGCCCUGCUCCUCUUCCAACUGCACCCUCCCAGGAUGCUUCACCUUCAGUGGAGUCAGAAGAGGAGAAGGCGAAAAAGCUGCUGUAUUGUUCUCUUUGUAAAGUCGCAGUCAACUCGCUCUCUCAGCUGGAGGCUCAUAAUGCAGGAUCAAAACAUAAAACAAUGCUGGAGGCUCGUAGUGGCGCUGGGCCGAUCAAAGCCUACCCUCGACCUGGAGCAAAGCUGAAGAACGGCAGCAGCUCGGGACUGAAGGGCUCCGGCUUGCAGAACAAAACCUUCCACUGCCAGAUCUGUGAUGUCCAUGUCAACUCGGAGAUCCAGCUUAAACAGCACAUCUCCAGCAGGAGGCACAAGGACAGAGUGGCAGGAAAACCCAGCAAACCCAAGUACAGUCCUUACAACAAACAGCAGCGCGGCUCACUCACCAAGGAGCUGGUGAAGCCUGCGCUCUCACCUUCAUUCCUCUCCACUCCUUUUGCUCCACCAUCUUCUCCGCUCACCCCCUCUCUAUCACUCCCUCCAUCCUCUCUGUCCUCCUCCCCCCUCCUCACACCGACGUCCUCCCCCCUCACACCUGCAAUCUCUAUCCACCCUCGCCCUCCGGCCUCUUCCCCCCUUUUCACAGCCUCCUUCCUCCGUCCAGCACCUGGACCAAUCAGAGCGAGCCAAGGAUCGAUUCUCUUCACGCCGUACUGAUGCCAGCAGAAGCAGGAAGUCAUGCCAGCGAACUUUGACCUCUGACAUGCUUUUUGUUGCCACUACGGGGACAUGGGAGACAUCAGCAUUAAGACUGCAGGGAUUCAAACCUGCAACCUCCUCACUAAGAGAGAUGUGAACUGCCUCUUGCCCACCAGAAGAGGAGAUGUUCGUUUAAAUAAUCCUGAACCUGGGCAGAACCAGUGGAUGAACGAAAAAGCAGAAUAAAAAAUAUCAAAAGAGUUCUUUUAUCGAGACAUGUGAAGUUACUGGAAACCAAAAAUACAGAAAUUGCUCAACAUUGUUUAGAAAGCACUAAGUGACCGUAGAGACUUCCAGAAUCUAAAACAGAGGGCCUACCUUAGAGAAAGCCAAGUCUAGAACAAAUAUCCGUUUUUAGCAGCCUGCAUUGGCUAAAAAUUGGGCUUUUAACGUAUUUUGGUUUGUCGGAGCUGACAAGACACCGAAUCUAAAGACAACCCAGAACCUGCUCCCAAACUCUUACCAACAAAGGUAACAGUGCUGUUACUGAUUUUUUGGGAGGUGGGUUUUGAGGAAGUUUGGACUUUUUGAUGAGGCCAGACACAAAAGCUGAUGGGAACAUUUUGAUCGAGAUCCCAGUUUGGGUUCUCCCUCAGAGGUUGAAGAGGAUUGGAGGAGCUGUUCUCUGACCUGCUCGAGGAGCUUAGCAGCACAAAUAAGACGUCAGAAACUCAGCAGAUGUCGUCUAUCAUGACCUAACACUACUGCAGCUGUCAGCGUGCCCUCACUCAGACGUCGCUUCUCUCGUGUUUCACUUAUACAUAAUUCCUGAAGAAAGUUAAAAAAAAGUUGAAGGAUGGAGUACGCAGCAUUUUGUACUUAUUGUCAACAAACCGCAUGAAAAUACUAAAACCAGCUAUGUUUGUUCAUCUCUAAAAACAGUUAGACGUCCUGCCGUGCAGCUCCGAAACCUACAUGGUUUACAAUAAAGCCUACAGUUAAGCCCAUA